GGGCUGCCGCGGCUCCCUGGUGUCUGUAGCGGCGAUGGCUCCGGGAGGCUGGCACUGGGCUCGCAAGGCGCUGGCUGCGGGGCGCCCGCUGUUCCAGGGCCGCGCGCUGCUCGUCACCAACACACUGGGCUGCGGCGCGCUCAUGGCCGCGGGCGAUGGCGCGCGACAGGCCUGGGAAGUGCGCGCGCGGCCUGGACAGAGAUUCAGCGCGCGGCGCUCAGCCAGCAUGUUCGCCGUGGGCUGCAGCAUGGGUCCCUUCCUACACUUCUGGUACCUGUGGUUGGACCGCCUCUUCCCCGCGUCGGGCCUACGAAGCCUCCCGAGCGUGAUGAAGAAGGUGCUAGUGGAUCAAACGGUGGCAUCUCCCAUACUGGGCGUCUGGUACUUCCUGGGCCUUGGCAGCCUGGAGGGUCAGACACUAGAGGAGAGCUGCCAGGAGCUGCGGGCCAAAUUCUGGGACUUCUACAAGGCCGACUGGUGUGUGUGGCCAGCUGCCCAGCUGGUGAACUUCCUCUUCAUCCCGUCUCAUUUCCGAGUCACCUAUAUCAAUGGGCUGACGCUGGGCUGGGACACGUACCUGUCCUAUCUGAAGUACUGGGCCCCUGAACCCCUUCAGACUCCGGGCUGCGCAGACUGAACCUGAAGUCCGGCAGAUGAGUUGGUCGAUGGACACGCUCCCACGGGAGGAUACGAAGCCGGUCAAAAAGCUCUGGGCCAUGUCCAAAACCCAGGCUGACCGCCCCUGGACCAGCAGUCCCUUGAGUCCACCAGAGACUGUUCCCAUGUAGAACAGGCGCCAGCACGGGCUGUCCUCCCCCCUCCCCCGACCCGGUUUUCCACUGGGACCAUGAAGUCCUCCAUCUGCCUGGACACAUUCCACGGCCUUGAAGUGGGGUCUGGUUUGGCCUCAAAAAACUUGAUGCAAGGCCGGGCAGGGUGCAGAAAUUCAUUAAAUUCUCUUUAAUGUCAA